AUGACUAGAAGGAAAGAUCUCAGUGGGGCAGAACGACAAGCUAUUGCAUUGUUUCUUCUUCAAAACUCUUCAAAUGGGAAGCUUCACUAUGGAACAGCCAAGGCAGCCAUGGAGAAAUGGGGAUGCUGUCGGAGUUCUAUCGCCCGUAUGUGGAAAGCUGCAAAAGAGGAACAUGCACAAGGUCAGUUGGUAACCGUUCAAAGCAAAAAAAUUAGCAAGAGUCGAAAGAAAAGAGUGCACAUAGAUUUGGAACUCAUUUCAAGUCUUGAAUUGCACAAAAGGGGUACAAUUCGAAGGCUUGCAACCGGCAUAAACUGCUCAAAGAGUACAGUUGGUAGAUGGAUAUCAAAGGGGCUAAUCAGACCUCAUUCUAGUGCCAUUCGACUAGAUUUGGCAGCCCCCAACAAGUUAUUACGACUGCGGUUCUCUCUAGAACAGAUUGUGUAUGACAGAAUAUGCAAUGUUCUAAAGUUCAAGAACAUGCACAAUGUAGUGCAUGCUGAUGAGAAGUGGUUCUACAUGAGCAAAGUAAAUCACAAAUUUUACUUGACUCCAGCAGAAAUCGACCCACACCGCACAUGCAAAAGUAAGAAGUUCAUUAAAAAGGUUAUGUUCCUAUGUGCAGUAUCUAGGCCCUUAUUUGAUGAAGAUGUGAGUGUAUUAUUCGAUGGCAAGAUAGGGAUUUUUCCUUUCACUGAGAUGGUACCAGCCAAAAGAAAAUCCAAGAAUAGGGAGGCUGGAACCUUAGAAGAGAAGCUAAUUCAGUCCAUCACUAGAGAAGUGAUGAAGGACAUGUACAUCUACAAGCUUAUACCUGCAAUCAUGGCCAAGUGGCCCCAAUUUGCAAGCAAAACUAUAUACAUACAGCAAGAUAAUGCUAAGCCCCAUAUAAAAGAUGAUGAUCGAGAUUUUAGAGCAGCUGCAAGUUGGUUUAAGGCUAUUCAAAGCUUGCAAGUGCAGACAGUUAGCACAAAUGAAGGGGAACUAGUGCAGGCAGUUCAGAAAUCCUUUGAGGAGCUCAGUGAAUUAACUUUAAACAAUGUGUUUUUGAGCCUACAGGGAUGCUUAACUGAGAUCAUGAAAGUUAAAGGUCAGAAUUGUUAUAAAAUCCCACACAUGAAGAAGGGGAUGCUUGCAAGACAGGGGAAUUUGCCAAUGGCAUUGGAGGUCCCUAAAGAGCUAGUGGAAGAGUAUGAGUUGAGGGAGCAGUUGGGUUUACAAAAGGAUGGCAGAGAUCAGUUUGGAUUACAAGAGGAUGGCAGAGAUCAGUUUGGACUAGAAGAGGAUGGCAGAGAUGACAUUGGAUUAGAAGACGAUGCAUAUGAUGCAAUAGAGGCAGCCUUCAAUCAAAUGAAAUUGAUUGAGGAUGCCUCCAUUUAG